UUAUGGCUCUACCUUUCUCCCAAAACUUUUCAAAACAUUUGCCUGGCUCUGAGAUGAUUAUUUAUCAUUUAUUCUAUCGCUUAUUCAUGCAUGACCAUGGCAUCCGUCCCAGAGGAGUGUUACCAUUAAAUAUGUAACGUCUCGGCUGUGUUUCUAUGGAAACAGUAUCACGCUCUUGCUCUUGUUGAUCAACAUGGAGUUUAUGGGAAGCAGUUAUGAUGGAGAUUACAAUAAUGGCAGGAUGGAGGGGUCGGGUGAAUACACACUUCCCACUCACACCAGAUAUGUCGGAGAGAUGAAAGAUGGCACGUUCCAUGGAAAAGGAGUGCUGCAUUUCCCCAAUGGAAGCAAAUAUGAGGGAACUUGGGAGAAAGGAAUUUCCAAAGAGGGAAAGUACACAUUUUCUGAUGGCCUGGAGUAUAAAGAGAUGGACUGGGAUUACUGUGAUGGCAAAGACAGGCGUUUCUACUCUGAGAGGUGUAAUGGCCUCAAACCAGCAGGAGAAUCCCAGUUAACUGAUGGGGACCCCCCGCGGACCAUCCCUGAAGGUUGCUAUGACAGUGGCGAUGGCUUUUAUGAUCCCAGCACUAGAGUCGUCAAAGACUAUGAUGGCAGUUUUCUCAGGAACGCAGACGAGCAGGAACACGAGUGGAUUGUGAGGACCUGCAGGAAGAGCUGGGAUGAGUUCACUGGCCACUGUCCAAGAGGCAACACACUGGAGGAGAAGUGAGGAUACUCACACACACAGGCCAUUGUUUAUAUGAACGACACAUUGAAAUGCUUUGGGACGUUAAUUCUGUUUUAUUUUCCAAAACUGUACGGAGAGUUAAAAAUAUAUAUAUAUAUUUUCACUUUAAAAAUAUAUAUCUAAAAAUAAGUGAUUGCCACUACACUGACAUCUGUAAAACUGCAACCCACAUAAAUCAUAUAAUGUGAAUGAAUGAAUGCUUAACGUAAAAAUAAAACAUAAGUUUGCAUUAACUAACACAA